AUGACGUCACUCGCAUGUGUACAACAAACAGGAAAGGAGCGAUUUUCAAGAUCGGCGGUAGCUAAUGUGUGUCGGGGAUUGGCAGUAAUGAACGGCUAUCGAAGCGAACAGGAAGAACAAAGCUCUACUGUCGGGCAGAUUUGCUGCCUUGUCGAAGACAACGACCGCUGUAAGCGACCAGCCAGCAACGCAAGCUACUCCAAGCGAAUUCAGAAGACAGUUUCUCAGAGAAAACUGAAGUUGGCUUUGGACGUAAACGCAAGACACAUCUAUAUUUGCGAGCAUCACAAAAAUAUGAUUCAGAGCGUUCGCAGCAAGAGAAAACGUAAAGAUUCCGACGAUGAAGCGGACACAGCUGAGGUCGAUUUCUGUCAAUUGCAGGUGAACACUCUAAGAAGAUAUAAACGACAUUACAAGUUACAAACCCGACCAGGAUUGAACAAAUCACAGCUUGUUGAGACCAUCCAGAGACACUUCAAACAGAUUCCCUGCCCUGAAAAGGAGACAGUUACUUAUUUUAUCUACAUGAUCAAAACCCACAAGAGCAAGUUAGACCAAAAACCAGACAGUAACUGAAGACAGAUGAUCUCCCAUUUGCUGUAAUCUCUGUAUAGAAUUUCAUUUGAACUUGGAGUGGGAAAGAUGAUGUAAACAAAUAUGUUAAUGUGUAAAUACAUUAGAGUGGUCCUGGUGUUGUAGAUAUGUAUAGGUAAACGUUGAGGAGAUCAAUGCAGAUUGAUAUCGUGCUGAAUCAUAAUUCUAGCAUUCUCUUCAGGGGUUUCAUGAAGUUUUGAGCUGAAUGUCAAAAAUUGCAAAGUAGGAAGCUAAUUAAGGUUUAAUUGUUACCCUAGUGUUGUUGAUUUCAGAAAAAAAUUGGUGACAAAUUUUCUUAACAUGGGGAAUUUCACCUUUUUU